UGCCUGCCGCUUUGGUCGCCAGCCUGCUUGCUUGUUCUUCAUCUCGCGAGAUCGCACCGACCGAAACGACGACGGCGAGCGGGAGUCUCUCUUUUUCUUCGCGGUGCAACAAACACACACACACACACAUACAUACAUACACAUUCGUGGAACAUACAUACAUACACACACACACACACUGUUAAACACACACGUAUACGUAUUCACCCAUCAUCGUCGAAAGCACGCACGACGUCGUCUUCUAGUCUUGUACUCCGAGCCUAAAGAAAAACAGUGUGCAAGUUAUUAGUGAGCGUCGCCUUUUCCAACACGUAUUGGCAACAAUUGUUAUUCGAAAAACAAAAAAAAAAACAAAAAAACUCGGGAUAAAUGGAUCAAGCGCGGCGCGUCGUUUGUUGCCGAUUGUUGUCGCUGUUGCUAUCAUCGUCAUCGCCUUGGCGCGAACGCUAUGUGAUUGUGCGUGUGGUGACGAAUUCGCGCCGCCAAUGCCGACCCUGUUCGUCGUUGUUAUCAGUGCGUUAGUAAUUUAGUGAGAACCCUGGUCGCAGUAGUAUCUAUCUAUCUAGCAACAAUAAUGGCUAUCAACUUUUCCGCCUCGUUCGCCGCCUGUUUGGCCGCGGGCCUUAAGGUGCCCCGCCAAAUUAUGUACUGCAUUUCGCAAGAUACAGGAGCACCAUAUGUCCUUUACAAAGAUGGCAUGGAUCGAACACAGGCUCAAUGGGGUCCGCAAGAUUACCUCUCCGCUCAGCAAAAUUCAUCUGGAGCGGGGAGCCCUCAACAAACGUGUCCACCCUCCGUGCCACUUGGCGUGGAAGCGGAUUCCGUACAAGCCCGCGACCAGAGUCUCCCAUCUCCCGCACCGUCGCCUUAUUCGGCAACGCAGGCCGAACCACGCGAAAACGAUCUUCCUGCCGAACAACCGAGCUUGGACCUGGAACCUCGUCCGGCUUCUCAGUGCUUCCCCACUGACAUACAACCUCCGCCCCCGCAACAAACUGCUCAACAGCAAGCAACCCAACAACAGACGACGCAACAACCUUAUCAGCAGUACCCACGACCUCCACCACCUGCCGCUCCACCUCCUGUUCCACCGCACAUGCUGGGAGCCGGAAGCUUCUCUGCCCUGCAUUAUUUAAAGCAGCCCGGCAUGAUGUUGAGCUCGUUGGGACACGACGCCGCGGGGCAACUGGACCAAUACGCGAGUACCAUGCAAGAUUUAAGGUCGGCGACGUUGCCCGAUGUCAUGCACCAGCAACAGGCCAGCAUGAAGCAGGCCAAGAAUCCGUUGAAUGGCGAGUUACGAUUGUUCAAGUGUUUGACAUGUGGCAAGGACUUUAAACAAAAAUCGACGCUUCUGCAGCACGAGCGGAUCCAUACCGACAGUCGACCGUAUGGGUGUCCAGAAUGUGGGAAGAGGUUUCGGCAACAGUCCCACUUGACUCAACAUUUGAGGAUCCACGCUAACGAGAAACCAUACGCAUGCGUGUACUGCGAAAGAACUUUCCGCCAGAGGGCGAUCCUGAAUCAGCACCUGCGCAUUCACUCCGGUGAGAAGCCAUACGAAUGCCCAGAGUGCGGGAAGCAUUUCCGCCAGAAGGCCAUCCUCAAUCAGCACGUCCGCACACAUCAAGAUGUCAGUCCACACCUGGUGUUCAAAAACGGCAUUAAUCCAACGUUAUGGCCCCAGGAUGUUCCAUUUCCUCCAGACGAAGGUAAGGAAGAAGUCGCAUCGACAUACGGUGACGGUGAAACGCAACAACAAGAUCGAACAGGCUGUUUUUCACCGAGCAAUCCAACAGGUAAUCUCCAAUAUCAAUCGUACUUUAAGGACGCGAAAGGUUUGAACCAUUCCGUUUUCGGCCCCGGCACGAACUUCGGGACUUUGCAAUAUCUCAAACAGAGUCAAACGGGAAAAUCAACACUGUCCGAUGUGAUUCAACACGGUAGGUCGGCAGGAAUGCCUUUGUACGUGAGGUGUCCGAUUUGCCAGAAAGAGUUCAAGCAAAAAUCGACUCUUCUGCAACACGGCUGCAUACAUAUCGAGUCCCGGCCGUAUCCGUGUCCGGAAUGUGGGAAGCGGUUCCGACAGCAGUCCCACUUGACUCAACAUCUACGAAUCCACACUAACGAGAAACCUUACGGUUGUGUCUAUUGCGGCCGUAAUUUUAGACAACGAACGAUCUUAAACCAACAUCUGAGGAUUCACACGGGCGAAAAACCGUACAAGUGUACACAGUGUGGCAAGGACUUCAGACAAAAGGCCAUCCUCGACCAACACACGCGAACCCACCAGGGCGACAGGCCGUUCUGCUGUCCAAUGCCGAACUGCAGAAGGCGAUUCGCUGCGGAGGCGGAAGUCAAAAAACACAUAGACAACCACAUGAAUCCGAACGCGGCGAAAACGCGACGGAAUUCGACAGGAUCGGAAGGCAAACAGGGUACCAAUGGCAUUCUACCGCGUGGACUGACCCCCACUAGUGUAGUGAAACCGGAACUUUACUUCCCCCAAUGCUACGCGCCCACGUUCAACACCCCGAGCAGCGUGGCCCAGUUUCCCGGGAGUAACGUGGAGUACAAGCCCCCGAGCGGUCUAUCGGCCCAGUGACUAGCGGCCAGCUGGCAACUUGGACCCACGAUUGGGUGACAGAAUGCCAGUGCGCUCACAACUUUUGGGAUAAUUGUUACUUAAUUGAUGUAAUUUAAGGGAUUAGUUAGUUAUAGGAGAACUUUUCGAGAGUGAUUUUUAUACGGUGCUGAAACCAUGCGUGGUUUGUUUGUUUCCUUUUGGAAAAUAGAAACAAAAAUAAGGCUUUAACCGCGAAGAAACACGCUAAAUAAUGGCUCUAAAGAUCGUUACAUAAUUUUUAUGUAUGUAAAUUGAGAAAAGUAUUUUAAAUAUAAUGCAGAUCGUACGUA